AUGACAAAUGAAGUUGAAACCGAGUGGCAGCUCUUCCAGAGCGGCAUACUCGAGGCUGCCGCCGAAUGCUGCGGAUAUAAACAGGUUGGCCUGCCACCUGGAGGUCAGAAAAGCUUUUCAUGGUGGACACGAGAGGUACAACUGGCAGUUAAAGAGAAGAAAGCAGCGUUCAAGAAAUGGCCUGGAAAUAAGGAGCCUUAUACUCGCGUGCGAUAUGUCAAGGCACGAAAGGCAGCCGCCAAAGCAGUGGCAAAAGCCAAAGCUGAUUCCUGGAAGAAUAUCGACCAUCCGCCGGCUCCGAGGAAAAAGAAGGAAAGUCUCAAAGUCUUGAAGGAUAGAUCUGGACACACUCUUACUAACGAUGAUGACAUUCUUCGGCGAUGGAGGGAGUACUUUGAGGAACUCCUUAACCCCGCGCAACAGCAGGAAGACUCGCAUGUAGAGCAGAAGGCGCAGCAGCUGCAGAUCAACGUAUUUAAUUGUGGCGUUACUGCUAAAGCGCCUGUUGAUGACAACUGUGUAAAGAAAGUGCUGCAGAUGAAGGAAGACGUCGACUUAUACCUGCAGUAA